UUGACAUUGACAUAUUGAUGAAUUUGAAAAUGGAAAAUUUCAAAUAAAAAAAUACCAAUGAAACAUACAACUCAAUUAAAAUAUUGGAAAUAUAUUAGUUUAUCAAUUAUCGGAGUAAGUUCAGGAUGGGUAUACUAUCAAGUCAGACAAACUUUAGAAAUUCUGGAAAACACAGUUGACACUAAAGUUUUAUUUAUAAAAAAUGUUCAAAUGGAAGGCAAAUCUAAAGAAGAAGAAUUUAUUAAUUUUCGUCAGUGUAAAUUCUUGGAAAGAUAUAAUAUAUUUAAAAACACCUGGGACUCUUUAAAGUUUGCUUAUGCACGCAGGUUGGUUAGAUUGGCAAAUACUGGUGAUAGAGAAUACAGAAUGAAAGCAAUAAGACAUUUGGCAAAAGUGAAGAAUUUAGACCAUUGGCAUUGUUGUCUUUUGGCUAAUAUGAUGAAUUCGAAAACGGCAGUUGCUUUAGCUAGAUCAGAUGCUGCUGAAAAACGGUUAUUUAUGGACCCUCCUCUUAGAUAUCACAAUUACAAUAGGAAUAUGUUAAUUAGUGCUACUAGAGAGUUUCUCAUCAAUCUCUAUGAGCGUUCAGAGCAUCCAUGUCUUAGAUAUUUUUUGUCUGAAGCAUUUGUCUAUGAACAUGAUAAUACUCACAUUGUUGAUCAUGAUUCAUCUUCUUUAGAGCUACGAAAAUUUAUACAAUCUGAAAUAGACAUUUUGCCAAAAUGUCUGGAAUCGAUUUUGCAUCAUUGUAGCAUUGAAAAGUAUUCCAGAGAUCUUGUAAAGUCCAACGGGCUACAAUUAAUGAUGGAAAUAUAUCAGAGGUAUCGCGAUAAUAUGGAUAUCACCACGAAAUUAUGUCAGAUUAUUUCUUAUGUAUCUGUCAAUAGAGAUUUAUUGGAUCAAAUUUAUAAGUCUGGUUGGAUAGGUAUUCUAUCAGAAUGGGUGAAUCAUAAAGACGUCACAAUUUCAGUCCCUGCAGCACGUGCUCUUGCCAAUUUGGAUUUAGAUAAUGAAUGCGUUUAUUCUCGACGAUUGUAUCUCUUACAUCCCCUAAGAAGAACAGUUGGAAACCAUAAUAUGGAUGUAGUAUUCAUUCACGGUUUACUGGGGGGCGUUUUUUACACUUGGCGACAAAGAAAACAAGUUGAUGUUCAGAAACUCUCAAAUUUAGAUACCAAACGAUUAAAUGAUGAAAAACAAGCUGGUUCAGACUCGCAACUUCCAGUUGAGGCGUUAAAAGACAUUACAGCCGUUGAUAGUAUCAGCAAAGACUUUGAAAUAGUUUUGGAUGACCUUCCGGUCAAUGCAAAUCAAUCUUGCCAGGGUCCGUUCUGUUGCCCGGAGGCUGACUACAAAAUAAUAGAUAAUAAGGUUGAUUCAACUCAAUGUUGGCCCAAAGACUGGUUACCUGAAGACGUUAAAAACAUAAGGAUUAUAGGUAUUAAUUAUGCGACAAGAGUAUCCAUGUGGGCUCCAAUCUGCCCAUCAGUGAAAGUUAAAUUUACUUUAGAAGAGCGCAGUUCUGAUCUACUUUUGAAGCUUGUAGAGGCUGGAUUGGGAUCAAGACCCAUUGUAUGGAUUACCCAUUCGAUGGGUGGCCUCAUUGUUAAAAAUAUGCUAUGUAAAGCAUACGAAAGUAAUAUACCUGAAGUAAGGAAUGUUUGUUUAAAUACAAAAGGUAUAUUUUUCUACAGUACUCCACACAAUGGUUCUAGGUUAGCUAAUUUGAGCCGUUCUACAGCUCUACUACUUUGGCCUUCUGUUGAAGUUCAAGAAUUACGAGAAAAUUCACCUCAACUAAAAAACAUGCACGAAAAGUUUCUGAACAUUGUAAAGUCUGUUCCCAUGAAGAUAGUGACAUUUGUUGAAACGAAAUCGACUUUAGUAACCGCUAUGAAAUUCAAUUUUCUAUUAGUAGAGCCAACAUCUGCAAAUCCUGGUAUUGGAGAAUAUUUUGAGGUUCCGCAGGAUCAUCUUAGUAUUUGCAAACCAGUGACAAGAUAUUCCUUUUUAUAUCAAAAAGUGGUUCACAUUAUUCAAGAGAUUUUAAAAGAAACUUCCUAUAAUAAAAAGGAUAUAUAAUACAAAGUAUAUAAUACAUUUUUACUCACCAAAUUUGAAUAGCUUUAAGCCACAUUAAGUUUGUUUACUUCCAAAUUGAUGGGAAAUCAAUUAAAACCAACAAUAAAAAUAAAAUAAAAAGUUUAUUCUGUUUAUAAAUAUCACUUUUGUGCAUAAAGAAUAUAUAUCAAUGUUUAUUAAAAUAAUUUAAAAUACUAUUCGACUUGAAUUUUUUUACUCUAAUAUUAUCCUCCCUCUCCCUGUUCCUCUUGUAAUCUUCCCAUAAUUCUUGUUGCAAAUCUUUAGGUAACUGCUGAAAAACACUAGUAUCAAUAUUGGGAGGACAUGCAAUUUUACAAAGGGAAUCAUCUUUUUCAGAAGAGCAGUUUUCGUCACACUUUGAUGGACCAGUUAAUGUUUCUUCAGUUGUUACUUGUGGAAUUGUUUCUGAACACAAAUGUAAUUCUGCUACAGGCAAAUCUGAUGGAGAAUCAAUAUUUUCAUUUGAAUAUUUUCGUUUCUUUAUUGACGGCUCUAAAUCAUUAUCUAGAGAUAUUGAUAAAGAAGUUGGUACUUCAAUGGUAGAUGUGUCGCCUGUAAAAUUGCUUUCAAUGUCAGUUAUUGAUUGAACUUCAAUAUUUUUUUUGAUAAAUUGAGUUAGAAGGUUCUUAGUAUUGGGUUUUUCAAAGAACUUUGUGAAAGAUAAACCUAAUAAUGUUAAGUGAUAGGGCUUAUUAGUAUCUACUAAUUUUUUAAAAAGGUGCAUUAUAGUUGUCAUAAUUUUAGUUAAACUUCCUUCUGAUAUAUUUUUUUUAUUGAUAUUGAAUAAUGAAGGACUAAUAUUACACUGUCUUGUUUCUCUAUUACUUCUUUCUUUGGACUUAUCAUACUUUCUAACUGUUAAUUUUAAAGUCCUUGGUAACCUUCCAUCUUCAGACAGUAAAAUUAUCAGCCUAUUUAGAAGUUGUUCUAAUUUUUCUUUGACCUCAUUUUCUGCACUUAUUACUCUACAACUAUCUUCAAUUCCUAUAGAAAGAGGUUUUCCAGAUGCUUUUACGACAGCAUUAUCUAUUCCAAAACUAAGAUCAUGUAUUAACUUAGUUUUUUCAGAUCCUAAAAGAUCAUUUAACGUUGAUGUAUUAGAAUUUUGCAAUUCUUUAAUGGUCAUAAUGCCAAUAGAAUUAAGUUGUCCAGCAAGAGUGACACCAAUACCAGGGAUCUUAGAAACAGAAGACAAACUUAGCAUAAGUUCUACACUGUUAUUUGGAAACACAACAGUUUGCUGAUCUGGUUUAUUAACACCACCAGCAAUUUUUGCCAACAGUUUAUUGUAACUAAUUCCAGCACUACUUGUUAAUAAUAAUUCCGAUUUAAUUUUAUCACGCAUUUCCUGAGCAAUUACUGAACCUAUUUGAAGUCUUAAUUUACAACCACAAUCGCAAAAAUCACUAGCAUCACCGAAAAUAUGUCCAACAGUUUCUGUAUUUAUAUUACCAGUGUUUUUUAAUCUCUCUUCAACCAAAUUGGAUACGUCUAUAUAGUUUUCAUCUAAUCCCAACCUUUCUACUAAGUUUGAAUAUGUCUGUAACAAUUCAGUUACUUCAUAAGAUUUCUUUCUAUAAUCAUGUAAAUCUUCACCAUUUACCAAAACGAGAUUAGGGCAUAGUUGCACUGCCUCAGUUACCAAUUCACAUUUGUUGACUCCAUAACGUCUAGCAAUGUAAUUUGUAGUGACUACGAUAUUUUUUUGUUGUAUGCCUAAUGGAACUUCUUUUAAUUGUGGAUUUUUUAUCAUCUCAACUUGUGCAUAAAAACAAUCGAGAUCUAUGUGAAUAAUUGUCCUUGAGUGAUCCUCUA